CCUUGUCAACUUUGCCAGUUUCACGUGCUGUGUGGUGAUUGUGUUUUAAAUAGCUGCAAGAUGUUUCCAAAAACUUCCCGAUUUAACAAGCAGGAAUCGCACAAAGGAUCCGGUCCCAAUUUGAAGCAAAAGUUUCCGGGUUCCCCCUAUGGGAAAGGUUUGAAUCCAUGCAAGCCGAAGCCUCCCAUUGGUCCGAAGGGCUCUUGCGAGCAAACCAGCUUGAUUUUCAACUCGCCCUCAUCCAGACUCAGCGAAAAUACCUUCAGACUGAAAAAGAACCACGAGAACUAUGGCAGGCAUUCCAUGGAACCUCCACGUGGGGGCGCCAGUAGAACUCCGAAGUUGUUCAAAUCUAGCACCGAACAACUGAGCAAGCAGAAAAGUCAGUCAGUGGGCAAAGCGAGGAAGAGUCUUCCCUACAAGAACGACCCUGAAACAACCGCCAGUCCUCAGACCUCUUGCAUACCCAGAUUGAAAAAGAAACUCACCGAGUCGGUGCAUUGUCCAUCGCUUCUGGAGAGGCCGCGUAUCCCACAUACCUGCUAUCCGACCACCCCAGAGGACGAGAACACCAGCAGCACAUUUGACCGAUACAGCGCUCAGCGCCAUCCUGUGAAGCAGCUGAGUAAAACUCCUCAAACAAAAGCAUCGGGAGACAUCAGCGCCACUCCAGCCGGCAGGAAUCGGCCGCUCAACGUCAGCUACACCGUUCUCCCGCGGAUCGCUAAAAGGAUCAGACGACUGGGAGAGGCUGGGGGGUCGAAGGAGACUGUAAACCUCGCCGUAAAUGUGCCGGAUGACAUAAAGGCCAGGCCGAAUGAGGCGUUGGACUUUUCGGUGAAUUUCCAGGUGAAACACAGCUCGUCCCCGAUUCAACAGCCUGCAAGUGAAGAGAAGCUGAUUCCUGAUCUGUCGCUGUCUUUGCACAACGUGCGCAGCUCCAGCUACUACAACAUCGCCUGCGGGGCCGAGGCUCUUUCCGACUCGGAAAAGUCGGCGGCUUCUCCCAACAGCUUGCGCUGCUUCAGCUUGCAGGAACUGAACGACUGCAAUGUAGUCCUGCUGCUGCAAGACCAGUUCAUCGAUGAGAACUACGACCAGUGCAUGAAGGCACUGGACCAAGCAGUCGAAACGUUGCAGAUCUCGCAAGCCGACACGCUCCUUCAAUUGACUGAGCACAUGGUUCGCCUGGUGCUGAACAACAAAAGUGAUCAGAGAUUGGCGCUUCUUCAGAAGAUGCGCCAGCUCUUAGCCGGUGCGAAGGGAUCGGCUGGGCGCCCUGAAGCUGAGAGCCUUGCCAACUCUGCCAUCAACCAACUCAGAGAACACUUUGAGCAGAAGAUCCUGAAAAUGACCAGAGAAAAGGUGAGCAACCUGCUCGCAGAACUAAAGACGACGUUGCUGACAGCGAACGAAGACAUUGAGGUCGCCUGCAAUGAAGCCGUAAAAAACCUGAUUUUGCAGCUGAAGAAACCCGCUCUAGAACCAUCCGUGCUGUGAAACCCCCAUGCAGUUGAUCAGGAUCGACUGUGGAAAACCCAAUUGACUGUACAAAAACUGUAUUUGUUUGAACAAUUUCUUCGCGAUAAAGACGAUGAUUCCAAAUCGAA